AAAAUGAUUCGAAUGGGUGAUCGAUUAUGAACCCCAACAUUGUUCGUGAUUGAUGGAAACAGUGUUCCUCUUUUCACUUGAGUAGUUAUGCAAUACAGCAAACUUGGAGAGGAUUUGACCAUCAGUAAACUGGUUACGGGAAUGUGGCAACUUUCUGGUGCCCAUGGUUAUAUUCCUUCCACUUCUUCCGUUGUAACAGCAAUGAAAUGUUACACCGACUACGGAGUAACAACUUUUGACCUAGCAGACCACUAUGGAGAUGCUGAAAUAUAUGUUGGAGAGUUUAGAAAAGAAGUGGGAAAGGGGUUUUCCGAUAGUCACUUUCAGUUCCUUACCAAAUGGGUUCCGAGACCAGGUCUUAUGUCGAAGAGAGUCGUGGAAGAUGCUGUGGACCGUUCUUUGAAACGGAUGCAGUGUGAUAGACUUGAUUUACUUCAGUUUCAUUGGUGGGACUAUUCAGAUAAAAGAUAUUUGGAUGCUCUAGGUCAUUUGCAAGAGUUAGUUGAUCAAGGCAAGAUUCGUUGUCUUGGUCUUACCAACUUUGACACGGAGCACUUGCAAACCAUAGUCGGUCAAGGAAUACGAAUUUGUAGCAAUCAGGUCCAAUUUUCUGUUCUCGACCAACGUCCUUUAGUAGAAAUGGUAGACUACUGUCACCACCACGGAAUCGGAGUUCUUGCGUAUGGUACCUUGUGUGGAGGUUUUAUAUCAGAGAAAUAUGUUGGCCUUCCUGAACCUUCACGUAGAGCGUUGGAUACGGCAUCGCUUGCCAAGUAUUAUCAAAUGAUAAGAGUAUGGGGUGGUUGGGGUCUCUUUCAGGAACUUUUGUUUGUGUUGAAAGAAAUUGGCGAAAAAUAUGGCGUUAAUGUUUCUCAAGUUGCAAUGCGAUUUGUGUUGGAACAACGAGCUGUUGCUGGUAUUCUUGUCGGAGCUCGUCUAGGUUUGAGUGAUCAUCUCAAUGACAACCUGAAUUUACGAACAAAGCUAAUGACUUGUAUCGAGUUAUAGGAGACUGUGGGGAUGAAUAUCGGGGAUA